UCUGCCUGUUCUGUUUGAUCUUGAUUCGUUUUUUUUUGUUGCAAUCCCACACUCUUCUCAUACCCACAACCUCACACUGUUUCUUUGCGCUGCUUGCAUCCACUCCCUCGCCUAUAAGCAGCCUCUUCUUUUCUGUCGAAUUGGCUCCCUCCCCCUGUAUCUUCUGUACCUGUUCACACCUCUCUUUCAUGAUGGCCUGCGAUAUCUCCAUGACAGAGACCCCACCUGCAUCUGCCCAGGCCAACUACAUCCCCAGGAACGCUAUCGACCAUAUGAAUCCGUUCUUCUUCAAGAGCCACGCUCACUCUCACAGCCACUCUCGGCAGCACCACAACCACGGCAGCCGGCACAGCUACAACCAGCCAUACCCAGAUACCCAUACCCUUCAUACCAAGGCCGAAGACGCUGUCUUUCUCCAAACCCCCGUCCCUCGUCGCCCCUCCAUCCAGAUCGACGGUCCUGCCACUGUCAACCCGACCACAUCCACUGUCACCACUGCAGCCUCAUACAACACCCCUCCUUCUACCCCACCACUGGCACAGGAGCCCACUAAGCGCAUUACCGAUGCCAUUGCCUGGUGCACGGCCAGAGCUAGGAUUCCCACUCCUGACGGAUCCGAGUACUUUUUGCACAUCUACGAGAAUUCGAAGGACAAGAAGGAGCAUCUGGCCUUUGUCUUUGGGGAUGCCAUCCGAAGCAAGAGUCUUGACAAGGCCCAAUGGGGUGAGACGGAGCUGGAUCGAGUGAAACGGGGUGCUUAUACGGGCCGUCUUCGAAACACAGUAUCAGAGGAGCAGCAGCAUCCUACUUCUUCUCCUGUCUCGAAUUACUCCACAGAUUCACCACAAGUAGUGCAAUCGGUAGAAGUGCCCUUGAUUCCUUUAACCCGUAUCCAUUCGGAGUGCUUCACGGGUGAGAUCGGUCACUCUGCGCGGUGCGACUGCGGAGAGCAAUUGGACGAGGCUAUCCGACUUAUGAAGGCUGAGGGAUCGGGCGUUGUGGUCUACCUUCGCCAGGAGGGUCGUGGCAUCGGCCUUGCCGAGAAACUAAGAGCGUAUAAUCUUCAGGAUCUGGGGUACGACACUGUGAUGGCCAACCUGAUGCUGAACCACGGAGCAGACGAGCGUACAUACGAGGUCGCUCAGGCCAUUCUUGAGGAUCUUGACCUGAACCAGGUUCGCCUGUUGACGAACAACCCCGACAAGAUUGAACAGAUCGAGAAGGAUAGCCAGAUCAAGGUAGUCGAGAGAGUGCCGAUGAUGCCAAAAUCCUGGGAGGCUAUUGAGCAAGGCACAGAAGCAUCCCUCGAGGUUAGGGAGGGUGCGGUCGAGAACAAGAUUGUCAGAGGCAAGGAGCUUGACAAAUAUCUGAGGGUCAAGGUGGAGAGGAUGAGGCACUUGAUCAGCAUCCCCUCUAGCAUGAGCGUAUAAUGGUCAUCUCUCCUUUUUUUCUGUAUACCUUUUGCCUUUCCUACUUGUAAUUUUACCCCAUCCCACACGAUGCCGUGUGUCUUUUUUCCUGUUCGAAUAAACGUGGAUUUUAAACAUA